UUAUUUAUUCUCCGGCGACCGAAGCCAAGGUGUCUUCUCUUUCGUUCUAAAAGCAAUCAACGUCAGCAUUAAUCGACGUACGGCUGAAGAUGCCGACUUCUCAAUUUCCUGCCAACGCUUUGGGUGGUUGGGUUUCGAAAGUCGAUACGAGAAAUGAUGAAAGAAACCCAACAUCUUCGGCUAACAAACGUAAGCGUGAGCCGGUGGGUGAUGGCAACAUUAACGAUAAUGAAGAGAAAAAAGUGCAUGGUAUCGAUGAAAAUGUAGAACCAAGGGCAGGAGGUAUGAAAGAGGUUGAAAUGAAAGAUGCGGAAAUAAACGGAGGUAUCAAAGAAGUUGAGAUGCAAGAUGCUUCUGAGGUCGAGGAAAAGACGAUUGGUAAAGAAGUUGACGAGGGCAAAGCGAAUCACGAUGAUUAUAUGAGAUCGAAUCUUAAUGCAGCAGAUGGUUGUAAGCAUAAUCAAACUACAGAUAAAUCUGGAUGUCACGAGAAGCAAAUUGAAGGUGUUAUUUGUGACAAUGAAGGCAAGUGAAUAAGGACGAUUAUGUGAGAUCGAAUAUGAAUGUAACAGAUGACUGUAAGCAGAAUCAAACUACAGAUAAAUCUGAAUGCAAUGAGAAGCAAAUUGAAGGUGGUGUUCAUGACAAUGAAGGCAAAGUGAACGAGGGUGAUUAUCUGAAUGCUACUGAAGGCUGUAAGCAGAAUCAAACUACAGAUAAAUCUAAAUGCGAUGAGAAAGAGAUUAAUGUCGGUGCAUCUGGGCAACAAGCAUUGGGCGAGGUAGCGACGUUGUUGAAACAAGUGCAAGAGACGAGUGAUGAGAAAGCGAAGGUGGAGGUGGAUAUCAAAGUGAUCAAGGAAACGGAUGAUAACGGGGAUAUGAAGGAAAACGGCAACGAUAACGACCUAACGGCGACUCGGGUGAGUUGCCCAUGAUCAUACUUGUUUUUGGCUGUCUUUUAUGUAUUACGUGUUCGUUAGAGUAGAGACCAUGUAUGUGGAUUCCGAUCCAAGUUUUAUCGAAGUUUUUCCUAUCGGUUUUGUCCCCUUUUCUAGAACAAAAAACUUAUAUUAUGCUUUCCAUUUUGAUGGUUUGAUAGUAAUAAAGCAUAUUGGUAUCGAAAUUUUUUAAAUGGGUGUUAUAAAUUUUGA